AUGUUAGGACUACGAGCAUUUAUUUGUAACUCUUUACCUCCUGGGCCGCAUGUAUUCUAUCAACAAAUGAGGACUACAUUUAUUUUAAAACGCAAAUCACCCCCUCCUCUGCACAAGAAGGGUGGCAAACCUGCUAAAAUGAGAGCCAGACAUUUUGUGUAUGAUCUUGUACAAGACACUAAUGUUUGUAAACAACCUGAUAUUAAAAUAAUUUUGAAUCAAUUUGUAGAUGGUGUUGGCAAUAAAGGCGAUAGUUUAAGCCUACAUCCACACAAAGCUUACAGAGAAUACCUUUUGCCUGGGUUGGCUGUUUAUGCAAGUGCUAAAAACCUUGAAAAGUACAAAGUAGAUGAGAGUAAACCAAAAACUGAAGAGAAAUUUAGCUCACCAUAUGUGCAGAGAACAAUGGGUUGUUUGUCAAGGACGCUUCUACAAAUAACCAUGAAUAAACUAGAGCCUUGGACUUUAGAACCAUGGCAUAUCAGUACUUCAUUUCGUAAAUCGGGUUUUAUUGUACCUGAAUAUGCUAUUGAAAUGCCUCCUGUUGAGAUAAGAGGACCAGAUCUAUCAUUGCAAGAGAAGGAAUUUUAUGUUACUGUUACAAUUAACAAAAAGGAAAAAGUUAAUGUAAGAUGUAGAAUUCAUCACUGGGCUACAGGUUUAGACAGGCUUCCAUGGGAAGAGUUUCAUUGGAAGAAACCGAAAGAAGCUCUCAUCCCAGAACAAGCAGCAGUUUUAGAAAGUAUGCCUCUUCCACAAUAA